AUGUCAAUAAAGAAGGUGAAGGUUACUAGGUUGUUGAUCACGGUUAAUGUCUUAGGAAGUGCUGGACCGUUGAGGUUUGUUGUGAAUGAGAAUGAUAAGGUUGCUAAGGUUGUUGACACUGCUCUGAAACAAUAUGGUCGCGAGGGACGACUUCCAAUUCUGAGUUCUAACGUCAAUGAUUUCCUUUUGUACUCAGCUAGUGCUGGAAUGGAUGCUCUGGGAGCAUCAGACUCGAUAGGGUCACUAGGAGUAAGGAAUUUCAUCCUUUGUAAGAAGCAAAAACAGGCAGUGAUGACAGAAGGAAGGGCACAACAUGGAAAUGGGAAAAGGGGAUGGAAGGCUUGGCUCACUAAGUCCUUUAACUUCAAGAUUCAUUCCCAUUGAAUCACACAUGCACUACUCUUUGUCAAUUGUGGUAAUUUCAUCAAGCAUUUGCACUUGUAAUAGACAUGAUAAUUACAUAAAAAUAAAUGAUGUACACAUUAA